GAGCACAGUGGGGCCAACCUGCUACAGACGGAGGUGCCUGGGUCCAGUCAGGUUCUGGUUCUGGUUCCAGUCAGACGGAGGUGCCUGGGUCAAGUCAGGUUCUGGUUCAGGUUCCAGUCAGACAGAGGUGCCUGGGUCCAGUCAGGUUCUGGUUCUGGUUACAGUCAGACGGAGGUGCCUGUGUCCAGUCAGGUUCUGGUUCUGGUUCCAGUCAGACGGAGGUGCCUGUGUCCAGUCAGGUUCUGGUUCCAGUCAAACGGAGGUGCCUGGGUCCAGUCAGGUUCUGGUUCUGUUUCCAGUCAGACAGAGGUGCCUGGGUCCAGUCAGGUUCUGGUUCUGGUUCCAGUCAGACGGAGGUGGCUGUGUCCAGUCAGGUUCUGGUUCUGGUUCUGUUUCUGGUCCCAGUCUGUGGUAGAAUGGACUCUGAAGCUCCGCCCAUGCUCUCCAUGGUCUCCAUCUUGUCUCUGGUGGCUUGUGGCCUCCAGCUGGUGGCUGCUGGGCUCCUCACUCACAGGUACGGGGGUCAGAGUUCCCGCAUCGACAGAUGGAUCUUGCUGUGGCUGUUCUAUGAUGUCAUCGUCCACCUGACGCUGGAGGGUCCAUUUGUCUACAUGUCUCUGGUUGGGACGGUGGAGACGUCUGAAGGUCCUCUGGCUGAACUCUGGAAGGAGUACGGUAAAGCAGACCGUCGCUGGUUAGUUUCUGACCCCACCAUCGUCUCCUUGGAGAUCCUGACGGUCGUCCUGGGCUCCCUGCUGGCUCUACUUCUGAUACAUGCAGUACUCAAGGACAAGUACUACAGACACUUCCUGCAGAUCACUCUGUGCGUGUGCGAGCUGUACGGCGGCUGGAUGACGUUCUGUCCUGAUUGGCUGUUGGGAAGUCCUCACCUAAACACCUCCAACCCGCUCUACCUCUGGAUCUACCUGGUGUUUUUUAAUGGACUCUGGGUGCUGGUUCCGAUCCUGCUGCUGGUCCAAUCCUGGUUUGUUCUAAAGGGUCUGCAUGGAGUCAGAGGAGACAGCACCUCCUCCCACAGGAAGAAACUGUAGAGACCAGCAGGUGAUCCGCAUCAGAACCUUCAGGCUCCCAAUGUUUGAGCUGAUCAGAGAUUUCUGGCUCUGAUCGGGUCGGACUGAUGUAGUUCGGUAUCAGGAUGGACUAAUCAGACGCUUGGAUCAUCACUAAAACCUUUAUUAAACAUCAUCUCUAUAAAUAAAACCAAUGGCUCAAGGGAUCCUGUCCUGCAGAACCAGAACUCUUCCUCCUCCUCUCAGGCCCUCUUGAUCAUCUUGGCGACCGCCUUGAAGGCUUGGCCCAGACCCAGUCCCUGGGUGGCGCUGCAGGCCUGGAUCUCCCACAGCCUGUCUUUGAUGUUGGGCAGGUCCAACUUGGUGGAGACCUGAGGAGAAGAUGGAGCAUCUGUUAAUGUUCUGCAGAGGAAACACGUUGGUCCAACUGGUUAUACUGCUCCACUCUGUCCGACAGAACCUUGGAAAGCAGAAUCUGAUUAAUAAAAUCAGUCUUUGAGGACAAAAAGCAA